CCCAGUUGGAGGUGAACAUGUUCUUUUCCUUUCCUUGAAGAACAGCGAUGAUGGAGGAUCUGUUCAGCGAGGUGUUCUUGGAGCUCUCAAUGGCCUGUAGUCCUACAUAUGGGCCUAAGUUGGUGGCGUGAUUUCAACCAAGCUAAUGGAGCUGUCCGACAGCGGCGGCCUGCUUGGCGGUCGUUGGCUGAGCGUUGAGCCAUCUGCCAGUGCUGCCGCAGUGUCUGAGAUCACCGCCAAUUUCCUGCUACCAAAUGAGGGAGUUGUUGCACAGGUCUACAAUGUGACGCUGGUGAACACUGGGGAGGAUGGCAUGCUCCUUGUCACCAACUUCCGCCUCGCCUUCCUGGCCGCCGGAGCGGCGCUCUCUCCGGCCCCAAUCGCGGAUAUCCCCUUGGCGCUCAUCGACCGCGUCACCAAGAGCAUCAGCAGCAAGACUGCUCUGGCACUGGCGCGCGCACACCGCGGCUCCUAUGGCGAGAAUGGCGUUCGACUGAUGCAUGUGGCGGCUAAGGAUUUGCGCCAUGUGGUGCUGGCGUUCCGGCCCCACACGAAGCAGCGGCGGCUCAUCUUUGACACACUGCAGCGCGUGGGCAAGCCGGCCAGGCUGCAGGAGCUGUACGCAUUUGCGGGGAGCGCGGCACGGUCGACGGGGGGUGGGGGUCACACGUUUGGCAUGGAGAACGCCUUUGGCCGGCUGCGCUCGGAGUACGAGAGAAUCCUGCGACAAGCGGACGAGAAGCUGCCCGCAUCAUCUGCCGGGCGGUGGCGCAUCAGCGAUGCCAACUCUGGCUACAUGCUCUGCACGAGCUACCCCUCGCAGCUGCUGGUCCCUGCCCCCAUCAGCGAUGCGGAGCUGCAGGCGGCCGCCGCCUUCCGCGGGCGUGGGCGCAUCCCCGUCAUCACAUGGGCGCACGCCAACGGCGCUGUCCUGGCACGCUCCGCACAGCCGCUGGUGGGCCUCAUGAUGAACAGCCGCAGCGAGGCGGACGAGGCUCUCGUGUCCAGCCUCUGGAGGAACACCGACGCAGGCCCUGCGAGCGGGAGCCAGCGGGGGUCCGGGAGCCAGAGCGUUGUGAGCGGGCAGGUGGGGGGGACGCCCACUCGGCAGGGCAGCUUCAGCGGGGUGCUGGAGGCGAGCCCGCGGCGGGCUCAUCGGAAGCUGUACAUCGUGGACGCUCGGCCGAGGAAGAACGCGUUUGCCAACGGGGCCAUGGGGGGGGGUUCGGAGGGCGCCAACUACGCGCACUGCGAGGUGGUGUUCCUGGGGAUUGAGAACAUCCACGCCAUGCGCGAGAGCUUCAAUUGCCUCGCGCUGUACAUUGACAGCUACGGCGCAGGGGCGGGUUUCGACAUGAGCCGGCCGCCCCCUCCCUUGGACACGAGCUGGCUGGCGCACAGCGGCGCGCUGCUGGCGGGGGCAGCGUGGGUGGCGGGCAAGCUGCAGGAGGGCUCCUCCGUGCUGGUGCACUGCAGCGACGGGUGGGACCGCACUGCGCAGCUCACCGCGCUCGCGCAGCUGCUGCUGGACGGGCACUACCGCACCUUCGACGGCUUCCGCGCCCUGGUGGAGAAGGACUGGCUGGCGCUGGGGCACCCGUUUGCGGAGCGGCUGGGCCUGCCGGACGCCAGCGCGGCGGGGCAGGGCAGCAUCAACCUGGGGGCCAGCAUGUGGGAGAGGCGGCCCAGCGACGGAGGCACGCAGGACGCACGCAGGUCCCCUGCCGCCGCCGCCGCCUCUGCUGCCGCUGCCGCCGCAGUAUUGGGCGCGGCCCCGGUGGGCGGCCACAACAACGCGGCCAACCAGGCGCCCAUCUUUGCGCAGUUCAUUGACUGUGUGGCGCAGCUGCUGCGGCUGUACCCGCGCGCCUUCGAGUUCAGCGCGGCCUUCCUGGUGGACCUGCUCGACUGCGUGCACUCGUGCCGCUUCGCCGACUUCGUGUGCAACAGCGAGGCCGAGCGCGUGCUCCUCGCCACGCACCAGCUGCCGGCCGCCUGGGACGCGCUCGCCGACAAGCGCUCCUCCGCCAAGGGCCACGCGCACCGCAACCCCUUCGCGGCCGACCGGUACACGGGUCCGCUGUCCCCCGCCCCGGCGUCGCUGGUGCCCACGCUGUGGGCGCGCUACUUUUUGCGGUGGCAGGACCAGGGCCGCGCCGACCUGGGCCCCGGCCAGCUGGCGGCGCUGGACCCGGUGGAAGGGCUGGCCACACAGUUCGAGGUCGCGCUGCUAACCAACAAGAAGGCCCGCAAGGAGGCGGAGGCGCGCGCGCACGCAGCGGCGGCGCGGGUACUGGACCUUGAGGCGAGCCUGCGGGAAGAGACGGUGCGGCGGCGGCAGGCCGAGACGGCCGCCAGGCGGGCGCAGAGAGAAGUGAAGGCCAUGCGGCAAGUGAUGGCGACCAUGGGCUGCCAGUGCAGGGUGUCCCGCGAGAACUUCGGCACUGCGAGUUGGGAGGAGAGCGAGCGCGGGUCGGUGGACGACGGGGACGCGGGGUCGUCGUACCACUACGUGCACCACGACGCCGGCAGCGGGCCCACCGACGAGCCGUUGUCGGUGUCGGUGACUGCCCUGGACGACAGCAGCGACGAGGGGUCGUGUACCGGGAGCCACCGCACGCAGUUCCUGUCCAGCUGGCACAGCAGCGACUGCAGCUGGAGAGCGGCGCGAGGGAGCUGCUCGCGGGCUGGCAGCGACUUUGCGGGAUUGAAAGUGGAUUACGACGCGUUUAGAGCAGUGCCAAUCGUGCCAAGUUACUUUGGUAGAGAUCGUUCUGUAGAUAACCUGGACCAUGGAUAGAAGUCGCAAGUUGUCUGAACGCUCCUCAAAGAGCACGUGAGAUACAUGUCGGUGAUGCUCUGCUUUGCUCGACUGACAUCGUGUGGUGCGGCAGCAGCCCAGAGCGCCAACAAGUCUGCAGACAGAGAUCCUCGAUGGUCGCCUGGCCGCCGAGUCUAGCUUGAUCAACUCAGCUCGCUUAGUAACUCUGGUCCCAUCCAAGGUACCGGCCACGCGGGGAUGUGUAGUGUCAACAUCUAAUCCAAACUCGAAGAAGCAUCCGGCUGCUGCUUUGUACAGUCAUUGAAAUCGCUUGAGAAGAUUUCCGGAAGCAAACGGGCAGUUCAUCAUCAGCCCAAACAAUUGAUUCCAUCAAACCAUGGUACUAAGUCAGUAGCUUUUACACAGGUGCCAGCCACUGGCCGGGGCGGCCCUGAUUCGGGAGUUUACGCUGACUCGC